AUGCAAGAAUUUAGGGGUAAGUUGCAGAAGGUGAUAAAGAAAGCGAAUCCAGAUAUAGAUUGGGGGGUUUUCAAUAACUACAACAACUACUACUACAACAACAGAAAGGAGGAAUCUAAAUCAGGCUCCGAUGAAUUGCCAUCGCCUCGGGGGAUGUUCGAAGCUAUGUCGACUGCUGACUCCGACUACAGCUCCCGCGGGAGCAGCAGCAACUACAGCAGCCUACAUUCCCCGGGGAAUCGCCCUCCCUCGCCGCCGGGUCCGGGUUUGCCAAAGGCGAACUCGACGAAGGGGGACGUGAACGGGCAGCAGCAGUGGAAGGUAAUGAUUGACGUGCUGAGGUUCAAGAACGUUAGAAGGUUCUCGAACAUCCCCUUGUUAGCCGCUAGCUACGAGAUCUCUAGGAAGAACCUAAGGAAGAAGGUGGCUCGCAAGAGAGACGGCGAAGACGAUGACGAUCUUCCCAUUGAUCUCGAUAGCAUCCCAACGAAGCCUUCUUGGCGAAAUUUCCCUUACGCUGAUCUCGCUGCUGCCACCGAUAAUUUCUCCCCUGAGAACAUGCUUGGAAAAGGUGGUCAUGCUGAAGUCUAUAGAGGAUGUUUACCGGACGGUCAAAUUGUAGCAGUGAAGAGGCUGAUGAUGAAUGAUGAGAAGGAAAUUGAGGACCAAGUUGGUGAUUUCUUGUCAGAGCUUGGAAUCAUUGCUCACAUAAACCACCCAAAUGCAGCACUCCUUCUGGGAUUUGGCAUUGAGAAGGGCCUCUACUUUGUCCUCCAAUACGCUCCUCGUGGCAGCCUCUCUUCUUUACUCUUUGGUUCUCAAGGCUUGGAGUGGAAGGCAAGGUUCAAGGUAGCUUUGGGGGUCGCCAAAGGAUUGAAGUACCUCCAUCAUGAUUGUCCAAGAAGAAUCAUUCACAGAGACAUCAAAGCCUCAAACAUAUUACUCGACAAUAACUAUGAAGCUGAGAUUUCGGAUUUCGGAUUGGCAAAGUGGCUUCCAGAUCAGUGGGAACAUCAUGUUGUGUUCCCCAUUGAAGGCACAUUCGGGUAUUUGGCUCCAGAGUACUUUAUGCAUGGACUUGUUGAUGAGAAGACUGAUGUAUUUGCAUUCGGGGUUUUGUUAUUGGAACUCAUAACUGGGCGUCGCGCAGUCGAUUCAAACAGCAGGGAGAGUCUUGUGAUCUGGGCAAAACCACUGUUGGAUGCAAAGCAGAUUAAGGAAAUAGUAGACCCAAGAUUAGGAGAUCAGUAUGAUCUUAUUGAAAUGAAGAAUGCUAUGACAACGGCUUCCCUAUGUGUCCACCACAAGCCCUCCAUGCGGCCAUACAUGAACAAGGUUGUGAAGCUGCUCAAGGGCGAAGAGGUAGCAGUUGAGAUCACUCAAAAAACAAAAUCCCCAAGAUCAUUAUUGUUAGAUGCAUGUGAUCUUGAAGACUAUACUUGCUCUAAUUACUUAAAUGAUCUUAAUCGCCACAAGCAAUUAAUAAUGGAGUGA